AUGGCACCUAACACAUGUAGCAACAGAACACAUGGUGAAACUGAGAGUCCAAACUCCAAUGGGACAACGAACGACCCAGUCCGUCAGCCAGUUCAAGGACCUGAUGUACUAGCGGCUUUUGUAGAACAAAUAGCCAGUCUGAUUGGGGUCAAUCACCAUAAAAAUAAAAAUGUUGGUUAUAACGGCAAGGAGGAUGGUUGUACGUUUGAAAAGUUCAACUUGAAACAGCCCCCGAUAUUUGAAGGUCAGCGUGGCGCAAUAGCUGCAGAGAAUUGGCUAUGUCUAAUAAAGAAGCUUAUAGAAGUAAUGAACUGCAGUGAUGAGCAAAAGGUGCGCUACGCAACCUUUAAACUAACAGCGGAGGCCGAAAGGUGGUGGGUGGUGAAGAAGGAACACAUGCAACAACAGAUCGAGGAGGGAGCUUUAAUUCGGUGGGAAGACUUUAAGAAGGAAUUUCUGGACCGAUUCUUCUCGCAGUCGAUCAGACUAGCAAAAGCUCAAGAAUUCAUGGAUCUCUUAGAGGGGUCCAUGAAUGUGGAACAAUACGCAACUAAGUUUAUAGAAUUAUCGCUAUUUGCCCCAUAUCUCAUCAUGACAGAGGAACUCAAGGCCAUGAAGUUCGAGAAAGGCCUUUACCCACGAAUCUUAAACUACGUUGUAGAUUCAAGCUAA